GGUACAAAGUUAGAGCGCCGCGAGAGAAAAGGACAGUUUGCAGAGGGCGAGAUUUAAAUCCAGCCGUUUGGAGUCGUUGUCAACAUGAGGGGCAUUUAAAGCUAGACACGAACUGCAGUAACGUGUCCGAGAUCUCGAGGGGUUACAUUCAGGAUAUGAGGCAUCUCCACCUUUUUUCACAAACGCUUGGUACUAGUUAAAAGACAGUUUAGACGCUUUACACGUACAGUGGUGGAGGAGUUGGAGGAGCAGCCUGCACUACACUCCGCAGCAGGGAGCGCCGCAUUGUGAAACGUCUGUGGAGCAAAGUUUUUGUGUGCGGUGUAGUAAAAGGGCCAGCAAAGAUCUUUAAAAAGUUGUUUAUAGACUAAUCUUCAGAGCCAACAUGUCUAAAGAAAAUACUCAUCCAUUUAACGGCAUUGAAUUCAUCAAAGACCAGCUCUAUUUUGCUAUCCUCAAACAGAAGAUCAGGAGCUCGCCUGAGAGACACUGUUUCUGCAUAGAUGAGGAGCUCUCCUAUGAGAACUUUUAUGCAGACUUUGGUCCUCUCAACCUGGCCAUGUUUUAUCACUUCUGUUGCAAGCUCACCAAGAAGCUGAAGAUUUUUUCACAUGCCAAAAAGAAAAUUGUGUUCUACACAUGUGGUGACAAAAAGAAACAAGCAAAUGCUGCCUAUUUAAUAGGAUCAUAUGCGGUGAUGCAUCUCCAGAAAACACCUGAGGAAGCUUAUAGUCUGCUAGUGUCCAGAAACACCACAUAUCUUCCCUUCCGAGAUGCGUCAUUUGGAACUUGCAUGUACAAUCUGAACAUUCUUGAUUGUUUACGUGCUGUACACAAGGCUCUGCAGUUUGGCUGGCUAAACUUCUCCGACUUCGACGUGGAGGAAUAUGAGCAUUAUGAGAGAGCAGAAAAUGGCGAUUUCAACUGGAUCGUUCCAGGGAAAUUCUUGGCCUUCAGUGGUCCGCAUCCAAAGAGCAAAAUUGAGAAUGGUUACCCACUCCAUGCUCCUGAGGCAUACUUCCCAUACUUCAGGAAGCACAACAUAACCACUGUCGUACGUCUCAACAAAAAAAUGUAUGAUGCCAAACGCUUCACAGAUAUGGGUUUUGACCACCAUGACUUGUUCUUUGUUGAUGGGAGCACGCCUAACGAUGCCAUUGUCACCAAGUUCAUGAACAUCUGUGAGAACUCUGACGGUGCCAUAGCUGUCCACUGUAAAGCUGGCCUUGGCCGCACUGGAACACUGAUAGCCUGCUACAUGAUGAAGCACUUCAGACUGACUGCAGCUGAGGCCAUUGCCUGGAUCAGGAUUUGCAGACCAGGUUCGGUGAUUGGACCACAGCAGAACUUCAUUGUGGAUAUGCAGUCCAGCCUGUGGGCAGAGGGUGAUUUGUACCGGCAGAAGCUAAGCGAGCUGGAAAAUGGCUCCAGCAAGAUGGCAGUCACAGGAAUACUGUCGGGGGUGGAUGAUAUCUCCAUCAAUGGAAAAAACAAGAACAUAGCAAGGAGAACAGAAAUGUAUUUUGAUGAGGAGGAGGAGGAACGCAGUGGGCUCACACAAGGUGACAAACUGAGGGCACUAAAGAGUAAAAGACAGUCCAGAGCAUCUACAGGCUCUUUAUCGUUAGAGGAGAAUAAAAUUCACACCAGGUCAACAUCUAACUCAUUAAGAAUAAUUCUACAGUCAAGUGCACAACGCUGUAAAUCUGUAAAAUCUCAGAAUCCUUCCGAUAAUGUGGACGUUAGGAAAAGAACCAGAACCUCACUUGGAUCCAACAGAGCUAACAGCCCGUUAUUACAUUCCAGACUUGCAAGAUCUUUAGGCAACUUGCAUGUAAUGGCCAGUGAAAAGAACCAUGAGUUCUCUGAAGUCAGUCCAGGCCCUAUGGCUACAGGUAGCAUGGGCAGCCAGGCAAACUUAAAGCACGUAAGCUCAAUCAACAGUGAGCUGCUGCCAUUGCCUCCUCAACCCAGCAAUAUCACCACAGCCUGAGUCUCGUCAAAUUAUCAUGUCAUGCAAAAAGCUAGAGCACCUCUACUCCGCUAAACUGUUCCUUGAAGACCCAAGAGAGAGUUACUUCAUAAAGUCUACAGGUUUUUAUAUAUAUAUAUAUAUAUAUAUAUAUAUAUAUAUUUCUGUGAGCUGUCAAAAAGGUUUUCUAUGUAAGACAUCUUAAAAGGUGAUGGUGCUGACAGGAUUAAAUCAUGUUAUCUACCGGAAAGAACUGGAAACAAAGGGAGCUUUAGAAUGCUAACAUUAUGUGAAGUAAACUUUUAUUAUUAUUAUUAUGUAGUCUUCUUAUUAACGUACUGUACCCCAACCUGUGUGAAACCUGUGUGGUCCAUAAUAUACCACUCUGUGACCAACUGAAAGGUGUACACUAAUGUGAAUAUUAUUUUAAAGCAACCUCUGUUGGCAGCUGAGAGCUGUAUAUACGCAACUAUUUGAUAAGUGUAAAGGACUUGUUGUAAAUCUUUACCUGUAAAUACUUUAUAACUUUUAUUUUGAGUCCCAUUUCAACAUUUAUGUCUUACCAUGCUUCUUAUUUCCUUAGCACGUUUAUAUAUUAUGUACUAAACCUUCGUGUGGAAAGGAUUUGAAUCAUCACAUGCUUUUUAAAGUAAAUCCUUCAUUCUCUAAUGAA